AUGAAACGAUCACGUUGUGGAAAUCCUGAUAUAGGUAGCUUUGGAAAUACUAUGCAAGUUGAACGACUUCAAUCGGCACCAUUAACUCAAGGACGAUCUAUGAAGGAAAAUAAUCCUGUAAGUUAUGUUACACAAGAAAAUGUUUGGACAAAAAAAAAUCUCAAAUGGUUUAUCGCGGAAUAUCCAAAACAACAGAAACAACUCAAAUCAAAAGAUCAACUGCGUCGUAUACUGUUUCAAGCAUUUAAUGAUUGGGAAAAAUAUUCUGGGCUUAAAUUUGAAAUGACUUCAGCCAAAGAAACAGCUGACUUAAAAGUAAGAUUUGUUUCGAAAGAUCAUGAUGAUGGAUACGCAUUCGAUGGUCCAGGCAAAACAUUAGCACAUGCUUUUUUCCCGAAAAGCGGUGAUAUACAUUUUGAUGAUGAUGAAAUGUUUUCCGAUGAUUAUACAGAUCAAGAUGAACAGUAUACAUUAAGACUUGUUGCUGCACAUGAAAUUGGUCAUGCACUUGGUUUAGGACAUUCGUUUGAAGAAAACUCUUUGAUGUUUCCUGUUUAUCAACAAUAUAGUGCAGAUUAUAAUAUUUCCGAUGAUGAUCAACAAGGUAUUCAAAAAUUAUAUGGUAAACCUAAUGAUAGACCAAUAAUUGAAUCAACAACAACAAAAACAGCAUCAUCAUCAUCACCAUCAAUAAAAACAACUACUUCUUCUAAUGGAUUACCAUUGAAUAAUUGGUGUUCAGGAGAUUUUCAAACUGGUUGUGAGGGUCCUGAUGGCGAACUUUAUUUAUUCAAAGAUAAUCAUGCAUGGAGAUAUCGUGGACGAGCUAAACAUGUAUGGGAUCGUCAACCAAAAUUAAUUAGUGAACAUUUUCGAUCUUUAACAGAUACAACAAUAACAGCUUGUGUAAAGUCAGUAACUGGUUAUACAUAUUUAUUUCGUGAUCAUGAUAUGUGGAAAGUGAGAACACUUUGGUCUAUUGAAGGGCCACAUCAAAUCAAUGGAAAAAAUUAUCCACAAAAUCCUCACAUUGCUCUAUUUCAUAAUAAUUCAAUCUAUUUAAUAAAAAAUAAUUUCGCUUAUUAUUUCAAUGAAUUGAAUCACCAUAGAGAUUUACCACAAUAUCCCAUUCGCAAACUAUUUGAUUCGCCACCAAAAGAAUCUAUUCAUUCAGGUUUUACAUAUAAUAAACGGCAUUAUAUAUUUACACGAAAUCAUGUUUAUGUUUAUGAUUCAACAUAUGGAAAGACAAUAUCGGGUUAUCCAAAACAGAUAUCAAAUGGGUGGUUUGCAUGUGAUACAACAGCACAAGCACAAAAAUGGAGCAAAAAAACAACAAGAGGUUAUAGUAGAAAUGGUUCACGAAACAAGUAUAAUCAUCGUGAACAUGAUUAUCACCAUCAUGAUGAGGAUUAUCGUCACGGACAAAAACGACCACAUCGUAUUUUCCGUCAAGAACAUGAUCAUAAACGUCAUCAAUAUCAAUAG